AUGCUCUUCGACGAGGCGCACACCGACAACCUCAAGGCCUGGCUCACAUCAGAGCUCGGCCCAAUAUGCGAUGCCGAUCCAGAAGUGCUCGCCGACUAUGUUCUUGCGCUGCUCAAGCACGAAGGACCCGAAGCUGAGCUUCAGACUCUACUCACGGAACAACUGGAAGACUUUCUCGCUGCCGAGACCGAUCCUUUUGUCACAAAGACAUUCCGAGCGAUAGCCGACAAAUCUUACCUUCCACAAUCCGACGCAGCAACUGCAGAUGACUCCAAUAAUACCCAUACGCUUGCAUCCACAUCCAACGCCGCUGGUGACUUUUCCAGGAAGCGAAGAGCGGACGACAAUGACGCCACGGACUCUGCUCGCUCACCCCCUAGACAGUCCCGACGACUUCAGGAUAGCAAUACGACGCCCGGCCCCGACGACUCCCGAGCUCGACCUGCUCGGGAGCGCGACUCGAGAGAGAGGAACGCCGAUGGUGCGGAUACAAACGGUGCACAGGGCGAAGGCGGUCAUAGAGAGCCUCGCAAGCAGCUUUGCAGAGACUACCACAACAAGGGAUUCUGUCCACGCGGCGCUAGUUGCAAGUUUGAGCAUUCGUCAGAAGUGCUUCCCGACAAUGCCAACGCACGCAGCCAUCCUCAGCAGCACCAGCAACAGCCACCUUUCCCCAUGGGUCCGAUGAUGGGUCCAGGAGGCCCCAAUGCAAUGCACGGUCCACCGAUGAUGUUUCCAGGUGCACCCUUCGGCAUGCCUCCACAAGGUUGGCACCCAAGCAUGGGGCCACCACCAGGGAUGGCACCCGCCAACGGUGGUCCCCGUGGUCCUCAAUCUCCAAUGAACGGUGACGGUCAAAAUCUUGCCAACCGUAUGGGCGGUCAAGUGCCACCUCAAGCAACCGAAGCAGCUCCCUUCCAGAACCAAGGAGUUCCCUUCAUCGGCGGUAUGAGUGGACCAGGAGGCCGAGGCGGCGCCAUGGGUGGAAGAGGUCGUGGACGCGGUGGAGGACCUCCCGGCACAUUCCAAUCUUCACGACGAUCCAACACCACUCUGGUCAUCGAGAACGUCCCCGCAGAAAGCCUUGAUUUGAUCGCAGUCAACGAGUACUUCAAGAAGUUCGGCACCAUCACCAACAUCAGCAUCGACAAGCCAGGUUCCAAAGCCCUCGUCAGCUACUCGCAACCAUCUGAAGCUAAGGCGGCACACGAGAGUCCCGAUGUCAUCUUUGGUAACCGAUUCGUCAAAGUCUACUUCCAGCGCCUCGACGAAGCCGCCGGUGCAUCUGCUGCGCCUGCGCCUGCUCCGACACCGAGACCGCCUCCCCCAGCUGCCGGUCCACCGGCCAGGAACAGUUUUGGUCCUGGAAAGAACGUCUAUCAUGCCCGCCCGCCUGUCACAGGAGCAAGUACUGCUGGUGGCGCGGCUGCAGGUGGCAUGUCGGAAGAGCGCAAGAAGCUGCUCGAAGAUCAGAGGACCAAGCAGGCUGCACUCGAUGCCCAGCUUGCCGAGCAGAAGACGCUGCUUGCCAAGUUCGGAGACAAGGAUCUCUCAGCAGAAGAUAAGAAGCAGACCAUGGCCCAGCUAAAGAAGCUUGGCGACGAGAUCAAGGCCUCUACCGAAGCUGUCAAGGCUGCGGUCGAGGCAUUGCAGAACACACCCAAAGAAGCACUCGCUGCAGCUGCUGGCGCCGGUGCGGACGCAGGCAACUGGAAAGCAGAGAAAGAAAAGCGCGAGAAGGAACAGCUCGAUCGCGAGCUCGACCUGCACGCCAAAGGCUCUUCGCCAGCAUCGACAACAGAAGAGCUCAGAAAGAAGCUCGAGUCGCUCAAAGCUGAAGCCGCCUCGCUCGGCAUGGAUGGUGCUGGAGGUGCAGCAGGAUCAUAUGGCUACAACCCACGAGGAAGGGGCAGAGGCGGCUAUGUUCCACGCGGUCGUGGUGGGUACGCACCUUAUGCACGGGGUGGAGCAGCAAUGGGCCCUAACCGAUCGCUUCGCAUCGAUAAUCGCACGACGAAGCUCAAGAUUGAUGGUCUCCCCACAGGUGCUGAUGCUGAGAAGGUCAAGGAACACUUUGCUGGAUUUGGGGAGGUAGACACGUUCGAUGUCGAGUCGGGAACGGUGGUGUACAAGGCAAGGAACAGUGCUGAACAGGCACUGAGGGCUGGUGCUGAGAUUCCUGAUGUAGGAACUGUGAAGCUUUGUUGGAUUCAGCCUCCACCCACUACAGCACCAGCACCUGCUGCAGCUGCCGGUGCUGCUGGGGAAGGUGACGCAGCAGCAGCGUCGAGCACUACCACUGGUGGAGGCGAAGAGGAAUAUGACGAAGACAGGGAUUCGAGUUGGAAGCGUUAG